GAAAUAUUCGUUUGUGGUUCAUUCUCAUUCUCGAAUUUAUUGAAGACGACGUGACGAACUGAAAAUGAAGCUAUUUUGCGUUGUUUUGGUUGUUUACGUGGUGGCUUUGACAUUAUUUGGCGUGGACGGACGUCGCGGGGGCAAAAUGAGGGGCUUGGAGGAGCAGGAGUCAAUGCGUCUUUUAGACAGAGCACGGCGCCAUGCCCACGGCGGACUUAAGAGCGGAUCCGGCUAUGUGAACAACGAGCAACCGCCACCACCACCCCAUUUUAGAUCUCGUCGUAACAUCAUGAAGGUGAACAAUGAGCCGGAGCAUGGCGAGCAACACAUGACAAACGAGGAACCUCCACAUUUUAGACAACGUCGUCAAAUGCCAUCACCACCAGAAGGUAUACCACAACCGCCAGGUGGAAUGCCACCACCUCCAGAGGGAAUGCCAGCACCACAAUUUUAAUUAUAAGGAUUAGUUUAACCAAACAUUUUUAUUUAAAUAUUGAGACGCUUGUGUUGGGUAAGGGAACCAUGGCAAAAAGGUAUCAUUUAUAUAUAAUAAAAUUUGUUCCAAGCAUUCCAAAAACGUA